CGGGAGCAAUUCUUCACCAUCUCCAAGUUCAUUCUAACAUGUCUGCCCACCGAAAUCCAUAAAGAAUCAGGAUGACUUCACCUCCGAGUCAUAGAAUACACCGAAGAUAUUCAAUCUCACGUGUGUUCUUCUCAAGCAUGGAUCAAAUUUUGCUUUAGAUUCUCUAUUUGAAAAUCCCUAUUUCAAAACCCUAAAUCGAUAAAGAAUGGAUCGAGUAGUGUGUCCCGAAAAUGCAGAGCUUGUGGAGUUCAUGUUGAAAAAACAAAAGGAAAUGGUGGAUUUAUCGGAGAAUAACGUUAAGACGAUAUCGAAGGCCUGCUUGAAGGUGUGCAGUUCCAAGACACCAAUCAAAACCCUAAAGGACUUCUCCAAUGUCAAAGGUGUUGGAAAUUGGAUCUUGAGAAUCAUGAAAGGUUUCUUUGUCGAUGAAGCUGAGAACGAAGAGAUAAUAGAAAGUGGGAAAAGAAAAAAGGGAAACAAGCAAUAUGUGCCUCAAAAAAACUCUGCAGCUUAUGCUUUAUUGAUCACUCUUUACAGGGGAACAUCUAAUGGAAGUAAUUUUAUGCGAAAACAAGAGCUAAUUGAUGCUGCUGAAGCAAGUGGAUUGUCUCGUGCACCUAUAAUGCCUGAAAUAGGAAAGGGAAAAGCAGGCCAGUUUGGAGUUAGCUCAGGCAGGGAUUGGUAUAGUGGAUGGAAUUGCAUGAAAAAAUUGAUAGAUAAAGGGUUGGCUGUAAAAUCAAGUAAUCCUGCAAAAUACAUGCUGACUGAGCAAGGAAAAGAAGCUGCACGUGAUUGUAUGUUGAGAUCUGGAUUAAUUGAUUCUACAGAUGAUCUUGCUACUUUGGAUAAAAGUAAAACUUCAGAUUCAACUCAAAAAAAUCUGAAAGAUUCAGCAUGCAUUGAUGCUGAGUUGGUUGAUGACGUGGCAUCUAGGCAUGUUUCUUCAAGUUUGCAGAAAAAACCAUUUGAGAUUCCUCCAGAUACUCUUGAUAAGCUUGUGAGAAUGGGAUACUCAAAAGAACAAGUAAUCCGUGCUUUUUCUGAGGUCUCAAAAAAGUCACCAAACGAAGAACCUUCUUCACUUUGGCUAUCUGUUUUAUGUUGUCUUCGUGAAGUUGAAGUCUACAGUUCACCUUUGACCAAUGUUCCAAAAGUCAAACAUCAUCAUCAUCAUCCAUCAUCAAUUUCUUUCACUCAUAAAGAAACUACACAACUCCCGACUCCAAUCAAACCUUGUUCAUCAUCUGACCAAAAUACGAGGAAGAGAAGUAGGAAUGUUCUAGAAGCUAAAUCAAAUGUUCUAUCAAUGCCACCUUUGACACUUGGGGACCGCUUCGAGGAUGUAUAUGAAGUGGUUUUAAUAUUAGAUGAUCGGGAAAAAUUCACCAAAGAGUCAAGGUCUAGAAAGCUUCUUGAGAAUAUCCGACUCCAUUUUAAGAUACCAAUAGAGGUGAGGCGAUUACCUGUUGGAGAUGGAAUUUGGAUAGCGCGACAUAAACAUAUUGGUAGUGAAUAUGUUCUUGAUUUUAUUGUUGAAAGAAAAAACGUUGAUGAUUUAAGAUCUUCCAUUAGAGAUAAUCGUUACAAAGAGCAAAAAGUUCGGAUCAUGAGGUGUGGGCUUAAAAGGUUGAUAUACCUAGUAGAAGGCGAUCCGAAUGCUUUGGAAAGUGCUGAAAGUAUUAAAACAGCAUGUUUGACAACCGAAAUUUUGGAGGGGUUUGAUGUACAGAGAACAAGUGGGUUGGGAGACACACUAAGAAAAUACGGUUAUCUUACUCAAUCAAUAACGCAAUAUUACAAAUCUCUUGGCAAUGAGGGGGAACAUGUGGAUUUCCCAAUUUGCCCUCCGUUUGAUCAGUUUAUUGAGAGGUGUCAAGAGUUGGAUAAGAUGACAGUUAGUGAUGUUUUUGCCACCCAACUCAUGCAGGUUGCACAGGUGACUGAGGAUGUUGCGAUUGCUGUGCUUGAUUUAUACCCAACGGUUUCAUCACUUGCUAGUGCCUACUCAGAUCUUGAUGGUGACACGUGUGCACAAGAGGAGCUGCUGAAGAAGCAGAGUAACAAUGUCAUCAGUGGAGUUGCUAGUAGGAACAUUUUCCAAUUUAUUUGGGGUGGUUGAUUAGAUGUGAUGUGAAAGCGAAAAGAAAUGAAAUUUUGUGGGUGUUUUAUUUUUGUAGUAAUGUAAAAAAACGACUUAAUAAAGACAAGUGCGAAAAUUAGACUUUCUGCUGUAAGUUUAUAAAGGGAAUAGGACUUGUUAAGGUAAUUAACUUUUCGGGC